AUGAGCGGGGCAGAGAGGCGAGAGCCCAUUGGCUGCCUCACCUGCCCGUCAGAGGGCUGGGGGGGACAAGAUGGCGGCUGCGGGAGGGGGUCCUCGCUUCUCAGCUCCCCCGCUCACCAGCCUUCUCCUUCCCUGCCGCCGCCCUCGCUCCAGGAGAGAGCUUUCGCACCGCCCCCGCCCUGCUCGGAAGGCCCCCCGCUUCUCCGGUUUCCCCCCGUGCAGUCCCUGGUCCCCGUAGGCCCCGCUGCCCCCGCCCCCGCUCUGUCCGGCCCCGCUGCCGCCCCCAUUACCUCAGCCGCCUGCCCGGCCCCACCGUUCGGGGCCCCUGGGCGCGGGCGGGCCGGCCGCCGAGCAGGUCGGCGCGGCCCGGGAAGCGGAGCGCGGUCUUCUCCCGCGCCUGCCUCCGUGGCCUCCGCCGUGCCCCCUCCCGGCCCGCGCUGGGGCCUCGGCCCGGCUGCCGCCGCCGCUCCCGGGGGAGGAGGGGGAAUGGAGCCGCUGCUGCUGCCGCUGCCGCCACGGAGCCCGGCCGAGGGGAGGGAGGGAUCAGCCCCCAGGCAGGAUCCGCCCCUCCGGCCUCCCCCCGCCACCUCCACCCCUUCCCUCGCUCCCUCCCUGACUCUGCGGGCUUUCCCGCUGAACAGGAGCGAGAGCGCGAAAGAGGGGGAAUCGGGAAAAAAAUCCCCCCGCCCAUGCCCGGCGUGGCGGCGGCCGGGGCGGUGCGGAGAGGAACGCGGAGGCGCCGCCGCCGCCACGGGGCACCGUCCCCGGCUCGGCCUCACGGUGGCGGUGCGGGCGCGGCGGGGACACCGAGCAGAGACCAGGUCUGCGCCCGCCGCGAUCGAUCCCUGCGCACCACGGCCCUGCCCGCCACGGGGCGAGCCCGAUAAGAGGGCUGUGGACGUUCGGGUCUAGUUGGGAGAGAUAGGGGUGCCUGACUCUAGAGCGGUCAGUCAUUUUCUCCCCAGUCCUUGUGGGUGACGUGGCUACGGUUUGGAGCAGCAAGCCCCCUCCCCGAAUUAAAGGGCCUCUCCAAAGAUUAAGCCAGGGCAGUCAUUGAGGUCAAAACCGGUAUGUAGUUUUUUGAGUGCGGGUGCCUACACGACUCCUAGAAAGUCGCGUCUCCCCUAACCCCCAUGCCCAGGACCUGAGGACAAAGGUCUAGCGAUUGUCCGUCCCCUCCCCCAGUGAGGACAGCCGGGAAAGACCUGCCUUUGUUGUGUACAGAUGGUGUCUCACUAUGUUAUCCAGACUGGACUCAAAUUUCUGGGCUCCAAUGAUCCUCUCGCCUCAGCCUCCCAAGUAGUCAGGACUACAGUGUUACUGUCCUCAUUUUACAGAUGAAGAAACUGAGGCCCCAGAUCACAGGACUGGUGAGAAGAACAUGUGAUAUAUCUCCAGAGCUAACACUUAACUACUACAGUGUACCACACAAGGAGAGAGCAGCAUUAGAGAGGGUUGCUGCUUCCUCUGAUGGAGGAUAAAAAAGAAAGAUUGCCAGCCUGGGCAACAUAAUGAGACCCUGUCUCUACAAAAAAUAAAAAUAAAAAAAUUAGCUAGGUAUGGUGGCAUGUGCCUGUAGUCCUAGCUACUUGGGAGGCUGAGGUGGGAGGAUUGCUUAAGCCCAAGAGUUUGAGGUUGCAGUGGGCUAUGAUUGUGCCACUGCACUCCAACCUGGGCAACAGAGUGAGACCCUGUGUCUAAAAAAGAAACAAAUAAGAUAAAAGGAAAGGCUGAACUAAACUCAAAUUUCUAAAGGCAAUGCCCUAUCCUGCCGGGCUGGAGGAAAUCCAACUGCAACCUUUACUGUGGUUCUUCCUUGGAACUUUACAAAACUUCUGCCAUCUUAUGGACCCCACAAUCUGGAGAAAGCCCCCGUGCGUAUGAGUCUGUAUUGAAACCACUGAGAUACUGUGCCAGUUAAGAAUGUAUGGGGCAUACAUACAAGAAACCUGCCUGAUAGCGGCUUAAGCUAAAAAGUGAUUUAGUUAUUUCACAUAGCAAGAGGUCUAGAGGCAGGCAGUCCUCAGAGUGGUUUCAUAGUUCCCUGAUGUAUCUAAGCAUUUAGGAACUUUCCAUCCUUCCAUUCCAUCGUCCUCAGUGUAUGGGCCUUUUACCCUAGACUUGCUACCUCAUGGUCACACCAUGGCUGCCAGAGCUGCAGAGCUCACAAAACCAUCUUCAGGGCAGGUAGCAGGUACA